AUGCCAGAUUUAAUAAGAACCGCCAGGUAGGCGCUCUUUUGCUAUUCCUGAUGAAAAUGAGAUAAGUGAAUGUGUCUUUUUAUGUUUUAAAGAGGAUAAAUAUUUGGUUUGUAGACAAUGAGUUGGCAGUUAAUAUGACUAACACAGACUUCGUACUAAUUGAGAGGAGAAGUGUGACGUCACGUUACCAUGGUAGAAAAAUUUCUGGAUCACAACAACAGGGAGUCUUUCAACGGCGACGGCGAACAGCAAAAAAACAGUAGGUUUAGAUUGGCAAAGAAAAAAAACAACUUUGCACGUGCAUCGCCCUUUUUUUCCCUUCUUAUAGCCAUUGUUGCAAGACUGCGACAUGAAACUUCCUAAUUUCACGCCCCCGGUUCAUGGAGUAGGUCAGAGUACAACACAAAAAUUUUCUUUUUUUCCUUUUAGAUUUAACCCAGAAAAUUUCGCCAACAUUUGACAAAUUAAAUGAAAUUAAACAAGAUCGAUGAAGUUUGAAACAGUAGUGCGAAUCCACCUAAGUACCGUUUUGGUUUGUUGUCAUCCAGAAAUUUUGCUACCAUGACAACUUGGCGUAACGACUUCUCCUCUCUGUUGGCUUUAGAAAGAAAUGUCAAAAAUUAAGAAAGUUCCUUAUAUCACCAUCCAUGGGAUUCUUGUAUAGCAGGUUUCUUCAGCAAAGUCACCGGAUCUAACCACAGAUAAAAAGCUAACUGGUACGAGUACCACGGAAAUAAGCUAACAAUAACAGAGUUACGAAUUAAUACGAUCAAGGCAGAAUUCGUACCAAUUGGCUUUAGACAAAAAUUGUCAAAUGUUAGGGAAGUUCCUGAUCGAUAUCACCAUCAACUAUGACUGAGAUUCCUCCUGUUAAGCAGGUUUCUUCAGCAACGUCACUUGGGCUAACCAUUCAUUAAAAUCUAACGAGGCAAAACCAUAAUUAUAAUCUUUAACUCAUGACAACUUGCAAAAUCGAGUUUGUUUUUCUCUGCACGUUGAAAGUGUGCUUUUUAUUUCUAAAAUACAACCAUUAGACCAGAUUAGUUUGAACAUUCUCCACUAUGGUCUCCAAAUAUUUUCUUUUGUACGAAAGGAAACAUUUAUUUCUAAAUCAAUAUUUCUCUACCGUACUUCAGUAAUAACUGCUUCUUUACCUGAGUAAAAUGUGGCAAUAAAAAUUGUUCAUUCAUGUUGUUUUUAAUUUACAGGAAAGGCGGAAUGCCUGACAAUUUAUCCUCAAAUGCCGCUCUAUCGAGUAUUUUUGGGAGCAUGUUUUAUUUAGGGUAAGUUUUGCAUUUUGUCAACACUGGGUUUUUUCAGUCAGUUUGACUUCGUAAUUCGCGUAAAUAUAGCACAUGUCUUGUAACAAAAUGGAAUUAGAUAGAUAGAUGGAUGGAUGGAUGGAUGGACGGACGGACGGACGGACGGAUGGACGGACGGAUGGAUGGAUCAUUCCGUACAAAUAGCAAUAGCUAUAAAAUGUUAUACUGUACAAAACUUAAAAAAAAGCGAGGCUCCCAUUAAUAAAUUUAUAAUUUAAAUUAAACAAUAAACUUGUAUUCGAAUUCCACAAUUCAGUUAACUUUAGAGCACAUUUAUGUGACUUUUGAGGGAAAGGCUACCUGAUUUUAGAGAAAAAUAAUUUGCAAACAGCCCAAGAGUGAACUAAAUCUUACAUCGAGUUGAUAGCCUCAUAUGUACACCCAAAAACUGGUAAUCAUCUUCGAUCACAUUUAAGAGCCAUAAUGGCUCUUGAUCACCGUAGAUUAAUUAGUGGGAAAAAAAAUCAGGUCAACUUUUGCGUUCGACAACUUUACUUUGCAAAAUCUUGUCAACAAAUCUGGGUGCGUGUAAACCAACCUUUUAUACCAUUUAUACAUCACAUCUGAGGUGAAACAGUAGUAUGAGGCACUGUUUUUAUCAUACCGGCAGACCUCGGACAGAAAGCAGUAUUUCACAAUACAAAUUGCACUCAUUCAAUAUUAAUAAACUAUUAAAAAAAAUUCCAAAAUCACCUAUACGGCCAUCCGGUUCUCACUUGUAGUGCGAGCUGUGGCGAGUGUUUGAAUGAACAUUAACAGAGUUACGCUCCAACAUUAUAAAGAAUUUAUUCUUUUUAUUUUUUAUUUAAUGGUUUAUUAACGCGCGGCAUUUUGAGUACUCCUGCAAGCGAUGUUCACUGAACGACUGAAAACAGUCGGCACAGCGAUUAAAAUUACAAGAGAGACUACUAACAAUCAAUAAAAGAAAUAUAAUUCGGUGAAACAUAUACAGAAACAACAAUUUUCAUUCAGAAAGACAAGUAUUAAAGUAUCCCUAAAAAUCCUGAGUCUUCAAGCUUCAAGCUUAAGUUUGUGUUUUAAGCCGACUUCCCGGUGUUUGCUUUUUUUUAAAGACGAACUCGAGGCAAGAAAAUCGCUCAAAGCUUUCCUUUCCGGCCAGAAUUAUAACUAAAUAUUCUUUGGAACGUUUUCUUUCUAUUUGCGGUGAGAAACUGUCUAAAGGCUUUUUAAAGUUCUGUAAGCUUAUAUCAAACCUGAUACUCGGUCAGAUCAUUGUCUCAAAUCUUACAAACGUGCAUAAACUAAAUGACCGCAUAAACUCCGCUCGACUUCAUUAAAUUAGAUCCAAAAAAACAACCAUCAAAUACAAUAAUUGCUCUGGCUUACCAUUCGAGAUGCAGCUCCUAAAAGGUAUCAAGAAAAGCCAGUAUCGCUUCAGACUUUGCAAUCCUCCUACGCAUGAAGCAAGGUGAAAACGGAAAACGAUGCCAUCCGAAAUCGGAUUUCCGACUUUGACAAGCGACGUAUUCCUCAACCAAAAACCCAAUAAACAAACUAGCCAUGAAUAACAGAGGACUCCUGAUAGCAGCUGAAUUUCAUUUUGCACAUCCAGUGGAAAAAGACAGUUAAAAACAUCACAAGUUGACACAAAACUCUGUCAGCUUCAGCUGUCAAAGUAAACAAGAUUCAAGAUGCUGCAUAAAUUUUCCGCAUGAACUCACCUGUCAAAUUUUGACCAAUCAGAGCAUAAAAAUUGGACGUAGAGCGUGACCAACGCGUGACCAUGGUGAGAAAAGUCAAAAGCAACUGUCUUCCCUGCCUGUAACAGCUGGCUGAAUUUUCGCGUCCGAGGUCAGUUUGCAAUCAAAAUUUUAAUUGUGUAGCACAUAAACACAACAUAUUUCAUAUGAAUUUAGAAAAAACUUGAACUUGAGCCUGCGAUCACUUGAAAACUAGUAACUUGUCAGCGGAUAACUUCAAAAAAAUACUUGACCUCGAUGGGUCGACACCUGAGCCCGCGAUACGGUCAAGUGAUACUGGUCAGCGGGUACCCUGUUUUGACAGCUGUCAAUUGAUCAAAACAUUGAUGUCCAAUAUGUGUGCAUUAUCAGUUUAACUAGUAAAAGUAUGAGAUUGAACAUUGUUCGCGAUCUAGUAAAACAAUUAACUGGUCAGCGGACAGCUUCCAAAUAAAUCACGUCACCUCGAUGAGUUGACACAUGAGCCCGCGAUAUGGUCAUGGGAUACUGGUCAGUGGCUAUCCUGUUUUGACAGCUGUCAAUUGACCAUAUUGUGAAUGUCCUAAAAUCCUAUAUUAAAGAUGUGGACUUGCCAAGACACGCCUGAGACACCCCUCCCUUCCUUUUGAUAGUCUCCCCUACCCCACCCGUACAAUCUGUAGACGCGUACGUACGUAUGUACGUACGUACGUACGUACGUACGCUCGGUCAAUCACGUGACAACCAAACGAAAAGAGGUUGACCAUAUUCCAUGAGUAUGGGGCUCUGUCCCACGCGCGCUUCGCGCGCGCGGGAGCCCCGCUAAAAACUUGAUUACUGGAGCAUAAUACAACAGUUAUCAGCUUUCUGUAAAGCCAAGUUGUGCCAGAUAAACCGUGUUAAACAUAGUGUAUUCAAUCAGCAAACGUUGUGGUGCGGGAUAAGCAGACAAUUCUUAGCCCAUUUAUUGAACUAACCAACUAAUCGCAAACAAAAACAAUUGUUUACACUGCUUAGACACCAAAAAAUCAAACAAUCUGUAUACGUUUGAUCGGCCAAAGUAAAGGAAUAAACAAAACCACUUAAAAUAACUGUCAAUCAUCAGAAAAAUAAAACUGAAAUCGUUACGAAGAAAUGGAUUACAGGAUUUUAAUCAAAAUAUAAAAAAGAACCAAAUUUAACUGUCCGCUUGUAAAUAUCCGCAAUGAAACUUGCUUACUGUUCAGCGAAUAUACACUUGCUACUUUACACAUCACACUUUCUUCGCAUAAUCUCAUACCGGCACUUAAAACACACUGCCGGCAAAUGCACCUGUGCUUGGGAAUUCAAGAAACCAUUUAUCUUUUGUUUGAUUGCUGCAUUCAGCCGAUUCAAGCAAAGAUAAAUGAACAGUUAAUUAUUACUCUGCUAUUUCGUCUAGUACUUCUGAAAGCAACAUCGAGAAAAUACAACUUUUUUUUGUUUGUUUUUAAUUGCAAGUAAAAAACCCCCCCAAAAAAAGAAAAAUACACGGAAUAAAUAGAUGAAUAAAAAGAAAAAAAUAGCGAAUUUACCCACUUACAUGGCAAUACUUAAAUUACAAAUAUCAAACUAGAUUACAGCAGUACUAAUUCCAUAUAUUACUGUUCUUAGUAUAAUCUAUAAUUAAUGUUUACAUAUUUUUUUGCUUUCUUUGUGGUGAAAGUAAUAUAACAAAUAUUCAUGGUAGGUGCAGAUAUUACUAACACUUGUUUAGAAUUUUGCAACAAGUAUUACUGGGAGGCGAGAGUUUGAUAGCAUUACUCCGGCUUUACGUGAAUUGAAAUGGCUUCCCAUUAAAGUCGUCUUUCUAAAAACGCACUAGUAACAUUCAAAUGCCUUAAUUGUUUGACACCUUACUAUUUAUGUGAGAAAUUUAUCAAAAGAAGUCGUACACAGUCGUUCCACCAGCAACAGUAUGGAUACAUACCGGAUCCCCAAGUAUCGUACUGCAUGUGGGUCAAAGAACUUUUUCAUGCAUAGCAACUAAGAUUUGAUUCUUUUAAAAUGUUAAGGUGCGGUUGGUGCAAUAUGUCUGUUUUUCUCAUACGCAGAUAAAAUAUUUCAUUCUACUUACGAUUUGAGGGGAAGUUUGCUCGUUGCACCUUGCCCUGUUGCCAUUUCUGUCUUCUAAAAACUGUGUCAAAAAGGCAGAAACUGUUCUUAAAUUCAACUUAAAAUAUAAUUGAGCAUCGAUUGACCGGAAAUCAAAAAGAAAAGUAAAAAAAAACGCUACAAAAGCAAUGAAAUCUAAUAAAUCACUCCUCCGGCAGGAGGACGUCGUUUGUCAGGGGUAUGCCAUGCACAAUGGACCUUCUCAACCGCACUUUGACGGUGGUGUCUUCUUGAAAAGUCCUCAGACUUAAGCUCCUUAUAGAGUACUAAAGUGAUGACGUCAUAAAAAUUAAAUUUGUGAAACUAUGGGAUUCGUCGUGAAGAGGCCUACUUGCCAAAAACUAGCAUUGUGGGGCAAAUUGUCUCUGAGAUAUUAGCCCAGUUACGCUCUGAUGACUCCAUACAAAUCCUUCUAAAUUUCCUGAAAUUUGACUUGGGUCUAAACGUUAUGAAAAAAUGAAAAAGAAUAAGCUAUGAAGAGGUGUUUUUAGUUUCCUGACCUGUUUUCAAUUUAAGCCAACACGUUGCUUUUUCAAGGUUAUCCAAGUCUUCAAGAUGUUUUCUUGUUCAUUUGUUAUUCACAGAGCCACUAUUGGGCCAAGUAUUGCCGGAGUUACUGACGAACACUUAGGUUUCCAGUGGUCAACAAGUGUAAGUUACAUUUUAACCAGUAAAUCUCGCUUGUCUCUCUUGUAUUCAAAGCCCAAAGGCGAAUGCGUGUGAUUUGCUGCACAGUGAUCAAGGAUAUACUGUUAUCGCUAUGUGUAUACCUGUGUGGUACUGCUAUUAUAGCUCCGUCUUUGCCCAUGUUGAAGGCCACAGUUAAAAGCUAUCUAUCCUGAUAACAUGCUACCCAGCUACAAUGGAACUUCGAUUAAACUAAGUGCCAAGGGACUGACCAAAUACGCUCGCUAAAACGAGGUUUCGUUAUAUGGAAGUUCUUUACCAUAUAUUUUACUAUUUGGGGCAGAGAAUAUCGCAAGUUAUAUCGAAGACUUCAUUGUAUAGAGGUUCGUUAAAUCGAGGUUCCACUGCCACGAUUAGCUUGCGAUAUUAACAAUUACCAAAAGAUAAAGUUACGUAACUCGAGGGAAGUAAAUAAUAUGAACAAGUAAGUGUUUAGAUAGCAGCAACAAUAUAGAUAGCCGCAUAAAGAAAACAACUUUCCUUUCAUGUUUCUACUUUACGUCCCUCAUCUUCAGUGUUACAUAUUGUGAGAUCGCUGUUGAAUCAGAAUCCAUGUUGAUAACAUGAAAAACCGACUCUCUCCCUGCAAGUAGUUUAGCGUUAUGAAUUUAGACGUUUAACUACCCAAUAUUCAGAAUAUUGUCAACGCAAUGUAACCAAUGCAACAUCGCGCGCAAUUUACGGCCGAUACACACGAGGGGCUUUGAUCCCGGAAAAUGCUCCAGCCUCAUUUUGCACGUGUCAGUACACACAAGGGAGCGUUUUCAAGUUCGCUCAAUUUGCCCCUGUUAAAUAUCGUGGAGCAUUUUGCGGGGUGGAAAUUCUGCUUCCGAGGAUGAAGUAUACCCACGAAAUCGUUGGUACACACGGAGGAGCUUUGCUCCGGAAGCGUGCCCCUGGAGCAUGCUCCGGGAGAAAAAUCCCUCGUGUUUAUCGGCCUUUAAAUUUGCGUGCGAACUCACUAUAGAGGCCUUAAGAUUCUAGGGCGAGAACGACUACGACUACGACUACGAGAUUUAACUAAAAGUUUUUUCGCGUAUUCACAAAAAGUAGACACCCCGGAAAGCUUCACUGUACUUUUUUUCAUUAAAAAAGAUAGCACUGUUAUCUAUAUUGAAGGAGGUUAAGCCCACUCUCGGUCGCAAAAUGAUAAAACUCGUUUGCGCCAUUACGACAUUCUCGCUAAAACUCGUAGUAGAAUGACGAUGGCUACCAAGUUUUCCCGCCAAAAUGACGCUGGUCCACGCGCGCGCACUACCGGCUUAGUAUUGAGGAAAUCUCGUACUUGUCUUAGAAUCUAAAGGUCUCUAAUAUAACAAUGAAGAUGAAGGAUGUACCCUCGAAACAAUACACCUCUUUAGCUUGUAUGUUUAGUUUUCCCAAUACAGGUCAUGUGAUAAUACUCUAGGGAACCGUUUCUUUCAAAUUUCGUCUUAUUCACGUGCAUAUCUACGCAUAAUGUAUGAAAAGACAAUGGGUCAAUUCCCCCUGGGACCUCUAUUGGGAAAACAAAACAUACAAGCUAAAGAGGAUUUUUGUCUAAUAAAUUUGUAAUUCAAAGUUGUUUUGGUUAUGCGGCUAUCAACAUGUAAGUGCUAGAAUAUGAAAUAUCCUCACGGCAUACCAGAAUAUCAAAUGUAUUUUCAUUAUUAUUAUGCGUCUUUAUUUCUUUUCUCUUCUAUUCUUUUUUUAUAGAUCGCAGGCUUUAUCUGUGUUGCUCACGUAAGCAAUUCAUAUUUUACCUUAUUAGUUCAAUGUUUUUUGUUUUUUUUUUCUUUCUGUACGCUUAUGAAUAAUUCAAUAAAUUACAAAUCAACAGAUUCCUUUGGGAAUAAAAAAAUGAAGAAAUAAAUUUAUUCUAUUCCCUCAUUUUGAAAUCACUGGUGAUCCUUACGAUCUGAUUGGCUCUCAGCAGUAUGAUUUAUUCACGAAUCACCACUGUUUUUUCCUGUAAAUCAAAGAUGUUCUAAAUCGCGUCAUUAAUGUUCUAAAUCACGUCAUUUCUGUUUUAAAUUGCACCAUUUCAGCUCAAUGUCGCAUCGUUUCAAUUACAAGAUGAAAUGUAAAAGCCUCCUUGUUCCCGCUUUUCAACAAACCUCUAAUAUAUUUGCUUCUUAAUUCUUUUCAGGCCCUGCUGUUGUUAAUAUUUACGGUGUUUAAACCUAUCUCUGAUUGGUUAGUAAAUAAUUAGCUUGUAUGUUUUGCUUUCCCAAUUCAGACCACAUCAAUUAAUCAAUCAACACAUUUAUCUCACUACUUUAAACACACAGAACAAAAGCUGAUUUCCUGGUGGGAGUAGACAAACACGCAUUACAAACAAAUAGAAGCAGUAUAGUGUUUACAAAAGUUACAAAGUUUCAGUGAAAAACUAAUUACGUAAAAAAGUAUACAAUAUAGCUAGUUUUGAUGUUCUCCAGGGAAUUUGUACUUUAAUCUUUUCAUAAAUCAUGCAAACAACUCAUACUUUUGUUCUUGGGCCAUCGUAGCGUAAUAAAAAUAAAACACAAACAGCGGUGAUAACACGUGAUAAACAUUGUGAGCUUUCGCGUUUUUGUAUAAACAUGACGCUUCAGUAUGCUAGUUAACACACACGUGGCCCAAGCGUAACAUAAGUUUGUAUGGGAAAAUAAAGAGUUUGUAUGGGAAAUUAGACUUAGAUAAAAGAAAUGAACUAAAAGCGAUAAAAGUUAUCAAUUAAGUGUAAAUAUUAUUACCUGGCGUCGUUUUCUUUGUCAGCGCGAUUUUGAGUAUUUUUAUUAUCACACUGUCAGGCCAAAUGAUGUAAAAGUACUCAAAUCGCGCUGAAACUUCGUAAAAACAAAGACGACGACACCAGGUAACAAUAUUUACCCUUUACUGAUUGCUUUUAUGGCUUUUAGUUCAUUUAUUUCAUCAAAGUUUCGUUUCCCAUACAAACUCUCAUAUUACGCUUGGGCCACCUGUGGUCAACAUACAUUUUCAAAAGUGAUCUAAAGUGACCGUUGCAGAUUAUGGCGAGACUUUAUACAGAUUGACAAGGAGUCUGGAAAUGAUCUCAGUCUCAAAAGAUUAAGGGCCCGUCCGCACUAGCAGACAAUUUUGUAUUUGUCUUUAAAACCGAUCUUAAAUGAAAAAUUUAUCGUGGUAAUUUCUGCUUUGAAAAUAUUAUCUGCAAUGGAAGCUAUUUACUCUGAACAGGCCGUGGUACUGUCAUUGCUUAAUGGAAAGAAUAACGGCUUUACAACCAAUGAUUGACAAGAAAAAAACAUGUUUUCGUCUAUUUAGUCGAUUUUGUCCAGUGUUUACACGGGACAAAUUUCGCCCUCAGUGCCUUUGAAGAUCGUCCCGUCUGGGGAAAAAAUUGUAAAAUCCCGACAAACUAUCCGCAUUAGUUAAGCAAGGGUGGCUAAAUCACGUGGGCAGGUGGGUCGUGGGUCGUGGGUUGUGAGUUGCGUGCGAGUCCUGCGUCUUACGUGUUUUAACACUUAAAAGUCUACGCGUAGUUUUUGAAUAAAGCGAGACCGGUCCAUCUCUUUUCCUCCGAAUAUCAAAACGGUUUGAUAUCUGUAAAAAGAAAUUCAGAGAGUAACCAGAAUGUAAAGAUGUUUAAUAUUUUUAAUUAUAUUAUGCAAAGAUUAUCUAAUUAGUUGCUUGGGAACGCUCUCAUAUAAUUGGCCAAAAACUAAUGUUGCCCACUAGAGUGCAAGCAAAAAUAAAAGUGUAGUAGGAGAGAGAGGUCUUGGGUCGUGGGUCGUGGGUCGUGGGUAACUGUUGUGGGUAAAAAAAAGUGUAGAAAAAAACAUGAUAAAGUAAAGUAAUUGAAAAAAAGAAAUAAAUAGAAAAAAGUUGUAAAAUAUUUAUGAAACGAAAAUCUCCAACUUCUUGUUGCCUUUUUCGACACGGCUUCUUCUUCGUCCUCUUACUGAUAUUUCCUUAGCUGCGUGGGACAUUGCUCCCCUUUCACAACAUCACUGUAUAAAAGACAUGUUGCCGAUGAAGAUCUAUCUAUACCUGAGCUAUCGCCGCGAAAUAAACGAAACAGAAGUAAAUUAAACCUGCAAUUUGCAGAAAGUAUGGGACAGCUCUGACUCGCCGAAUAGACUAGCUGAUCUACAAUUGCAAUGAUCAGCGAAGAUUUUUUUCAAAACACAGUGGAAUGCGAUCACCGUGAGAAAGGUGAGGGAAAAAGGGCAAUUUUGAGGUAUUUCAUAUUUUUGGAUAAAGUCUUUCUUAAAGAAGUUUUAGGUCUCUUACCUUACGAAGGAACCACCUGCAUUCCCAACCUUUCGAGUUAAGGCGAGACUGUAUGUAAAUUUUAUUGCCGUACGGAAAUACAAUUUUCUCGCUUCUUUUUUGUUGUGUUUUGUGCACAAAAUCUUUGCUGUAAUAAUUCGAAAUAUCAUUCCUUAAACUGAAAGGACGUUUCGGUCACAAAUGUUGACAUCUUUGUGAAAAAGCAGUUCAGUCUUCAGUUUUUCUAUGGCCUGCUUCAGGUUUACAUAGUAUACAAAGUUUCUUUUAUUUUUCACCUAAAUGCCUUUUUAGUGUCGGUUUGUACUAAGAGGAUUCGCGUAAAUAUAUGCUUUGCUGACCACGUGGAAGGGGAAUAGGACUGGUAUGUAUGCGGAGAUUUUCGUUUCAAGAAUUUUACAACUUUCGCUAUUUAUUUUUUUUAAUUGUUAUCUUUUUGGAAGACUUUGUUUUUACCCACGACAUUAACCCACACCCACGACCCACUACCCACGACAUUUAGCUACACUCAUGUAGUAGCAGUGUUGUACGCGCCAGUCCUGCUACUGAUAUUAACACACUUGCCUUAUUUGUUAGUCGGCGCAGCCUGAAUUUUUUUUUUUCAGUACCCGAGGAAAUUUGCUAGAAGAGGUAGUGAAAAUUCGUGAAAAUUGUUAAAUUUAAAAGUGAAAAACUGGGAACGCGUGGUGGGUGUAAAGUUAUCAAAAAAAAAAUAACAAACAAACCAAAAAAGCCUAUGUUCAUGAAGUGGGGGACCCCGGUCUAGAGGGGUACUUUUCUUUUGUUUUGUGUCCCACAGAGCGUGAAAACAAAAAAAACCAAUCCCACUAGACUGGGGUCCCCCACUCCAUGUAAACAGGCCCUAAAUCAACAUCUAAAUGCAUUCAAACACCUCCACCAGGUCUAUUAGGAAGGUGUUUAUGAAUAAAGUUAUACAUAACCAUCAAUAUCAAAGGUAUGAUUAGAGUGUGUUAGCCACGUUUCAGAAAUCUCUAUAACAGAGAAAUUGCUUUUGAUACUAGCCAAAUAGUUGACCAAGUUAUCAAAAUUGCGAUUAAGACUACGGAUAUUCAAAUUGAGCAACGAAAAACGAAUGGCGGAAUGACCAGAAGAAGAGCUAGUUUUGUCCAAUAACGGCAUUAAAUUUGUGUUCUGUAUAAUAUUCACAUUGAAGUUUAUCAAAGUUAAAAUUAGAGUCUGGAUCCAAAUCACCAGAAUUAGAAGGAUUUGUAAGAGGAAAACAACUCUUACCACCCAGUCACGCUCUUAGGUGGUGUGAAGUGGGAAAACAAAACAUACCAAGCUAAAAACUGGCCUAUUAACCAAAACUAGUAUGAAACCCCUGGUUUAGGUCUUGGUUUUCAACGACACGACAAGACAGCCAUGUUGGGGGUCAAAACAACAGCAUUUUUUCGCGAAGAAUUAACAGCAAAAUAGAGUUUAGUUCCCAAAGGAGAGAAAUGCGCUUUUUCUUCACCACCAAUAUGGCCGCCGUGACGUCAAGUGCAAACCAGCAAUAGCUCAGCAAGAGACCAUGUCCCUUUUUCCUCCCUGGAGCUCUCUUAUUCCAGGAAGCCUUUUGACUCGGAACACAACAACGAAUCAAAGAGGUCGUCAAGAUAUGCUAUUAUUGAACAAGAGCUUACUUUCUUGACUUAUGACUUAAAACGUUUUGUCCUUUACGAGGCAAGGAAUGCCGGUCACAUGGAAUUAUUUCGUACUAACUGAGGAUACAAGAAUGGUACCAACAACUUAUUAACGAGCCAUUUCAUCAUCGGCAGAAUCCUUUGAAAAAACUGCAAGGAUUUUUCAGGCUACUUGUUAUUCAAAAUUCGUCUGCAAGUUUUCCACCAGAGUGACAGUCACAUUUUUGUCCUUGGUGAAACAACUGUUGUGCUUUUUGUUAUAAUUAGUGGGAUUCCAUUAACAGUUCUGUUAAGAGGAAAAUGGCCAAGUUGUAUAAAAUUAAAUUAGUUAAGCAACAAUCUUUUAAUUUCUCUCAUGAUCUUCGUAGAAAAUGCUUCGUCCCCUCGUGCAAGAUUAUGUUCAAAAAUGGCAAGGACAAUUCAGCAGUUUCAGUUUUCAAGCGCGCGCACCCUGUGAAUCAGAAAGAUCGGUUUUAGCCCCAAAAAUGGGGCCGUUUCGGAGAGUAAAAUACAGUCCUAUUAUUGAGUCUAAUUUGGCUCCCUUAAAUCAGGGCCAAUAGCACCAAUUACCUAGAGAUAAUUUGGACCCAAGGGUUAAAUAGGCCCUAGCAUGGCUUGUAGUGGUCUAUCUCACUUUCACACUCUUGUAUGGGGGCAUCAUCACUCAUUCCUUCAGUACUUGUAAACUGCACCUUAAGCAGUCUGGCAAAGUCCCCCAACCAGUGUUGUAAAUUAUCCCUGAAAAGCCCUGUGGGGAGUGGAUAAUAAGAUAUUUACAGAAAAGACUUUUGAUCGGGCUGUUUUGGCUUAAAUUGUACUCAAAUGGCCCCAGGAGGGGCUGAAUAAGACUUUGGCCUGCAGGGCUGAAUUGGCACUUUUGGGCUGAAACAGAUCUUUUUUAAUUUUCAGGGUACCUUUUCUUAGUAACGUAAAGUAAAACGGUUAAACUUUAUUUCUGGGUGACCCAAUCAGCUCGGGAGGUGGUCUCCAUAGAAAUAAAAACAAACAGCAAAAGAGAGCACUGCUGAUCCUAAGGAUCAUUGCAUUGUAACAUAUAGAAGAUGGAAAUAAUAUCACAUCUCCUAAUAGUCGUUCCUUAUAUGUUUUCAGGGUCAGAGAUAAUAAUUCUGGUCUUGCUGAAGAAGAGGAAAAACCUAUGCUUGGAAACUCUAGAUCCUAAUGGGAGCCACAAAAGCGGGGAAAAAUACGAACUUCCCUAUUAAAUGUUAAGCCCCGUCCACACGUCGCCGUUUUUGUUUUUCUCCAGUUUGGCCAACCGUCCGGUAACAACAGUCACGUAAAACGCGUCCGAUUACAAAAACGCUCACUGAACUUGAGAUUUUAUUUAAAA